AUGAGGCUUUAUAAUUUAGUGUUCUUGUAUUUUAUUGCAGUGGUAUUUGGCGAAUAUGAGCCAAUUGGUGAGACUCAAUUAACAAAUAGUGAGACUCAAUUGAGCAAGAGAAUUACACCAAUUCAAGCUCUUGCGGUCGCCAAGGAAGUUUAUGCCGCUAUCAAGGAAUUGGAAAUGCAUAUAGAAGAAGAAAAUGGUGGAGACUUGGUCAAAAGAGAUUUAAUUGACGAUGUUCUCAACCGCAUUUUUCUAGCACUCAAGAGGUCGGGAUUGGCUGUGGCUAUAGUGAAGAUGUCACUAGAAGACGACGAUGUGAGAGCAGGACUCACGGAAAUCACCAUUGAUCUCCUUGAAGCCGAUGUUAUACCAUACUACGAAAUCUUCGAGGCAUUGAAAGAGUCAGGACUCGCAGUCGAAGUGGUGAAAAGCACCCUCACCGACCCGGAAACCAGGGAGGGCGCUUUGGAGUUGGCGCGAGAGGUGAUCAGAUCGCAACUCCCGUCCAAUUCUACAAUAGUUUAA